AUGUACGAAAUGGGAAGGGGGAGCUGUACAACCAGCUACCCUCCCAUCACCAAUAAGGACAUGGCCCAGCUCCAAAACUUCCAGGCUCUGAAUCCCGGUACACGAAGGGGUCUGGUCCAGAAUGUGUGGUUCGAGCUCCAGUUACAUCUGGGACUAAGAAGAAAAGAGGGGAACAGACAACUAAAGCCCAACUAAUUUCUCGUAAAAACAGACGAGAACGGUCUAAGGCAGGGCUGCACUACCUCUUCCUGGAGGUCUACUGUCCUGUAGGUUUUCAGUCUGGUGUGUUAAAUUAGGGUUGGACUGAAAACCCACACGAUGGUAGAUCUCCAGGAAGAGGUUUGGGCAGCCCUGGUCUAAGGUAUGUUGUUCAUAGACGGUUUGUGUUAUUUCUAAGUUGCACUUGUAAUUAGGCUACUGGAAAACAAUAUGAUAACAACACAUUCUCUCUCUCAGAUACGCAACACUCGCAUAUAACAAGGCCACAAAGAAUCAUCUGGACCCAAGGAAGAGGGGCAGGGAGUCCAAGAGGAGAUUCAUGUUCGAGCAGCCAGGGAACCCACUAUGCCGGAUGGCAUCACUGGAAAAAUAUCUAUCGAAAUGCCCAGAGAACGCCCUUGUCUUUUAUCUUCACCCAAGGAGAGGAGAGUGUAUCGGGGACUUGAACUGGUACACGUCAGAGACGAUGGCC